GGACCCAAAAAUCUCCAUGGUAGAUGGAAAUAUAUAAACCUGAAAAUACUCCAAAAACUCUAUGCCAAAAUCCUCUAAUCUUAGCUUAAUUAAUGUCCUUUUCUUUAUCAUUUCCUUUUCAAUUUCUUCACCACCUCCUUUGUACCCACGUUAUAUUCAAUGAUAUAACCAUCAACUACAACAACUUGAACCUGCCAUAAAUAACCAUUCUCUCCUUCUCUCUCUAUCUCAAAAUAGAAAGAUAUGGCAAAAGCACCAAUAAAGAGAAAACAGAAGUGCAGUUCUGAUGAUCAUUAUACUAAAACUACAAAUAAUCAUGUCAAAAUUGCUACUACUAAAGUUAAGCGAGCAAGGAAAUGUUCUCCUAGAAAAUCUCCUUUUCAGCGUAGCUCUAAAUAUCGCGGUGUAACAAGGCAUAGGUGGACUGGAAGAUAUGAAGCACAUUUGUGGGACAAGGAUAGCUGGAUUGAUACACAAAAGAAGAAAGGAAAACAAGUAUAUCUUGGUGCUUAUGAUGAUGAAGCAACAGCAGCACGAGCUUAUGACUUGGCGGCACUGAAGUAUUGGGGAGAAAACACCAUACUAAAUUUUUCUUUAUCUACUUAUGAAGAUGACAUGAAAGAAAUGGAUGGAUUAUCCAGAGAAGAGUAUCUAGGAUCACUAAGAAGAAAAAGUAACGGCUUUUCUAGAGGACUCUCAAAGUAUAGAGGAGUUGCAAGGCACCACUACAAUGGAAGAUGGGAAGCUCGAAUUGGCAGGGUACUCGGCAACAAAUAUCUUUACCUUGGGACAUUUGCUACCCAAGAAGAGGCUGCAUCUGCCUACGACAUAGCGGCAAUUCAAUAUAGGGGACUCAAUGCCGUCACCAAUUUUGACCUUAGCCGCUAUCUCAAACCAAACAACUCAUGUGAUAACCAACCAAGCCCUAAAGAUACACAUAUUGAGCCAAACAAGUCAGUUGAUAGUGGUGUUUCUAGUAGUAGUAGCAAUCAAAGCUUCUUAGGGCACACAUUUGAGCAAACCUAUGAUCAAGUGCAAGUAGAUGAUGCUAUUAGCAUUGAUGAAAUUAUGGGAGGCCAACCACCAUCAUUAAGUUUUGAUGAAUUUGACUUGUUGGAGUAUAACAUGAGUGACGAUAAUCUAUAUAUGCGUAUGGAAGGCCAAUGUUCAUCUACAAAUGAUAUAAGAAACCAUGAAAAAGAUUUCUUUAGUGAUCUUAACUCAAUCUUAUGUGACUUUGAUGUUAUGGAGGCUGAACAAAUUGGGACGAUGUAAAUGUAUAUCUUAGACUUAAACCUGAGAGGAGAUACAACGCAAGGGUCUUAAUUACCAAGAAAUAUUUAUUUACUACCAUAGAGAAGAUAGAUUUAAUAGAUAUUUGUUACAGUUAUAUUGGUAUAUAUCAAAUGAUAUUAUAUUGUAUUUCUUAUUUUUUAUGUGUUUUGAAAGUGAGAUGAAUGAUAAUAAGCAAUUUUAUUUAUUCUUUCAAAACUGUUGAGAUUUGAGUACUUUGU